AUGGAUCAAUCCUCCUUCCUCAACCUCAUUAGCAUCCGCCGAAACCAAGUCCCCCUCGAUCAGGAGCUUGAUGACCUCGAACUCUUCCAAAAACACGUCUCCAUCCGCUUCUCCUAUCUCCUCCCCUCCUCCUCCGAUUCCUCCACCAUCACGCCGCCCGACAAUCCGGCAGCCCCACCACCGCCCUUCCUCUCCAUUCCCUGGCUCCGUGACCUCCUCGACACUUUCCUCUGCUGCGAAGCCGAGUUCAAAGCCGUCCUCAUCCUUGACCGCGACCCUUCCCAAUUCUCCCCGGCGCGUGGACCCGGUGGGUGCUGGGGCCAGCCGAUAGCCGGGCUGGUGGAGAAGAUCGGGGAGGAGUGGAAGAAGAAGGAGAAGUCGGGAGGGGCGGGUUUGUUGGAGGAGGUGGUGAGGAUGGAGAAGGCAGCGCAGACGCUGGCGGAGAUGGCGGAGGGGUUCGUGUACCCGAUGGAGGAGGAGAGGGCGACGGAGGUGGCUGCGGUGGUGGAGGAGCUGGCGGAGGUUUGCCGGAGAAUGGAGGAAGGGUUGGGACCGCUGAAGAAGCAGGUGAGGGAAGUAUUUCAUAGGAUGGUGAGGAGUAGGGCUGAGAUUCUUGAUGUGCUCGAUCAAGUUAGCAAGUCUUCUGUUCCAGUCCCAUAUUAG